CAAGCACACAGAGUCGUCGUCGCUUUCAUUGUUUACCUUUUUCCCCCUCCCUCCACCGUCCACACCACCUAGUGACUUCCCCCUUCCCACCGCCUUUCUGGAUCGUCCAUUUCAAUUCUUGCUUUGAGGUUGCGUUUUGGCUUUCUUUUUUUUGCAAUUCAAGAUCGAUAACACGCGCGACUAUUUCGAGCCUACAGUGGACAAUCCAGCGAACGGUACCUCUACUCCAACACCACCGACGACCACCACCACGACGACGCAACACGAGAAAAGGGCAUUGUCUUCCCUGCUUUGCCUGAACCGAACCCACCCCAUCUUAGCUCGGCCAAAUCCCCCGGCCUCUUGCUCGCGCCUCCCUUUCUCAACACUGAUUCGCCCCUCAUUCGACACCGUCGCCCUACACUCGGACUACACUACCUACUACUAGAUACUUGUUUUCUUCAGUCGCUCCACUAGACUACUCUUUCUAGACUUUUCCCGCUUUGGGGGCUGAUGCGCAUCAGUGCCAUCCCACCUCUCUAGCUCAUCCAGGUCCCCGUCCAGUCCGCUUCUCUGCCGCCUUCCAACCACCGUCGAGACCACGACCGCCCUGAUCUCAGAUCCAGGUCGAACCCAGCACCUCUCCCUCCCAGUCAGUCCAUCCCGCCACUGGCAGCCCUCGAUCAGGUCGCCAAUCUUCCCAGGGAUUUCCACAAACCCAGCCAGUCCGGGCGUCUGCAGAAAACUUCGCAGUCCAAACAGUCGCGAUUCACUCGUGCAGACGACCUCGGCCUGUCGCAAGGGCCAAAGUUCAGCCCUCCUGUCUCACACAGAGGUGGUGGACUCGCCAAAACAUACAUAUGGGUCAAUGACAUCAGAAGCCCAACGUCCUUUCCGCGCUACUACACUACGUACACUUAGUCUUCAAUUGCUUUAACUCGAUCGCUUCUCCGCCAUUCCACCCUCCUUAGUUCCCCGUUCCAUUCGGCGCAAUCCUCUCGGCGCUCCUCCUGCUCCAGCCCUCCUUUGUCGGCCCUCACCACUUACUCGGAUCCGACCCUCAACUAUGGAGGCACACGCUCGCGCAACCGCCUCGAUGGAGGAAGCCCAGUCUCCCCACGCCGCCGAGUCCUCGACCAAGACGAGCCGUCGCCGCGGCCACAGUCUCAGCGUGUCACCCCCCUGGCACACCGCAAAGUCGACGACACACAACCAUGGGCCAAGAGACUCGACCCUCCAGCACAGCAUCUUCGGUCAAAACCAUGGCCCCUUCCGCAGUCACCGCCAGAACAGUGCCGCGAGCGACGAUGCCGUCCCCGCCCAUCCCAAACAGGGGCAUAAGUUGAAGGGCAUGCUGCGCCGCGCCUCUGUCUCCUUUCGUUCCGGUGUGAAGGGCAUCGUCCAUAGGAGGACCUCCGUUCCGAAUACUCCGACUUUUGAGCCGGACGCCGGUGCCGGUCCUUCUCAGCCGUCUGCAACUGCUCGUCCCACCACUGCGCAUUCGACCUGGAACAAACUGCGUCAAGCUACGAGCUUCCACCGCCAUUCCCGUAGAAUGUCUGUCCAUCACGGCGAAUACCCCUUCGGUCACAUUGCCCUCCAAUCGCCGCCUCUUCCCGUGCCCGGCUCCGGCGAGCAACCUCCGAUCAUCCCCCGUAAUACCGGUGCUGCAGCACGGCAAGCCGCCGCGAGUGCAGGUCACGGCCUCGAGAUGAUCAAUAUUCCUGCACCCCGACCGUGGGCCAACGACGGCAUGGACGACUACGAGAGUGGAAUUGGCAUUGCCGUCACGAGAGGUAGAUCGUCCGAGUCUGACGUCUUUAUGGAUGGCGUUGAUUCCGAUGUCGACAUUGAGCUGAACAGUCCCUCUCCCAACGACGAGGUGGACAUCAUCAAGGUUGACUUCAUCUCCCAGCUACCUCUUGAACUCGGAAUCCAUAUCCUGGGACAAUUGGAUGCGUCAUCGCUGGCUUCUGCUUCCCUCGUCAGUAGGUCAUGGAACCAUGCUGCCAUGAACCAGCAUAUUUGGCGCGAGUCUUUCCUCCGGGAGAAGACCACCACCUACGCCACGAGCGGAGCCGUCAAGCCGGGAACCGGUCUUGGUGUGCCAGCCAUCCGCCCUGGCAACGACUGGAAGGAGAUCUACAGAGUCAGAGAAGAACUUGACAAGAGAUGGAAGGAGGGCAAAGCUCGUCCUAUUUACCUCCAUGGCCAUACGGAUAGUAUCUACUGCUUGCAGUUUGACGAACACAAAAUCAUCACCGGUUCUCGCGACAAGACCAUCCGUGUCUGGGACAUGAAGACUUACUCCUGCAAGCUCGUUCUGGGUCCGCCCGAGAUUAUCAAUGACUCCGACUUGUCCCUCCUCCACGACGAAGCCGGCAAUCCCAUCCACUAUGCGACCCUUCCCGAGCUCGACCCCCACCCCUCAGCCAGCGGUCAAAUUCAAACCCCCGCCAGGAGUCACUUCUCCUCACCGGCCCUCUUCUCACCCCCCAUUUUCCACCGGGCUUCCAUCCUCUGCCUCCAGUACGACGAUGAGAUCCUCGUUACCGGCUCCUCCGACGCCACCUGCAUCGUCUACGAUAUCGCCUCCGGCUACCAACCCGUCCGUCAACUCCGUCACCACUCCGCCGCCGUCCUCGACCUUGUCUUCGAUGACAAGCACAUCGUCACCUGCUCCAAGGAUGUCUCCAUUUGCGUCUGGGACCGCGCCACGGGCGCUUUGCUCAAACAACUCCGCGGUCACACCGGUCCCGUCAAUGCCGUGCAAAUGCGCGGCAACACCAUCGUCUCCUGCUCAGGUGACUUCCGCGUUAAGCUCUGGAACAUCGAAACUGGCAAGCAGAUCCGCGAGUUCUUGGGCCACACCAAGGGUCUUGCCUGCAGCCAAUUCUCAGAGGACGGACGGUACGUCGCCUCCGCUGGCAACGACCGUGUCAUUCGCAUCUGGGACGCCAACACGGGCGAAUGCGUGCGCGAGAUGAAGGCGCAUGGCGAUUUGGUCCGCUCUCUUCACGUCGACAGCGUGUCGGGCAGGUUGAUCUCUGGAAGCUACGAUACGGAUAUCAAGGUGUGGGAUAUGGAGACCGGCGCACAGCUGCUCGAUUUCCCGCAGUGGCAUAAUAGCUGGGUGCUAUCCGCCAAGAGUGAUUACAGGCGUAUUGUCAGCUCCGGACAGGAUCCAAAGAUUCUCAUCAUGGAUUUCGGUGCGGAUGUGAAGGGGAUUGAGAUGCUGGAGACUCCUGCCCCAAAAGUGGUGCCGCAACAUCAGCAGCAGACGAACAAUCAGGUUGCUGUGCCCUCGGAGCCAGGGCCGGGCGGGUAUUUUUGAUGGGGUUCGAUGGGACGAGACAAAAUGAGAUGCUUGCAUGAUCAUGGGCGGCGUUUUUAGGAAACCGGAUACGGGAACUGGUCUGGAGUCCUCUGGACUGAACCGGACUGGACUAGUUGGAUCAAUCACCGACGGGGUGCAGGAUAUGGGAUAUAAACCGUGAUUUUGGGUUUUUUGUUAUAGAGAACUGGCUGGUUGGUACGACUGCGCCGGGGUAAUUCUUAAUAUGGGUGUGCGUAUUCUCUGAGGGUUGUUGGGUGGACCUGGCCUGCCUUACCGCUGGUCGAUAUCGGUUGAAGUCACUCCCACAUAACCCGAAGAGUAGGCACUGCUUCUUAUUUUUAUUUCUACCAAUUUUCCUUCUCUGGAUCCGGAUCUUUACUUUUUUACCUUUGUUUAUACAAAUAGAUAGAUUACUGGGUAACUUGGGCACUGUUUGCUUUGCUGGAGUACACUACUGCGCUUGGGUAGGCAACCUACUCGGAUUUUUUUGGAAGCUGCAUGGAGCAAGGAGCAAGGGAAAGAGAAAAAAAAAGAACCAAAGAUGGAAAAACCGACCGUCAUGGUCCAGUCAUGGAUGGAUGAAUGGAGGGAUUUUUGCUCUUCAUGGUAGACCGGGCUUUUUUACCAUACCUUGCAAGGCGUUUCUUGAGUUAACAUGGAAAAAAAAAUAGAUCGCUGUCUCUUUUCUCAAAGGAAAUGUAAAGAAAUGAAGUGCUUGUAUAGUACAUGUAUGUUCGUUGUCAACAUAAGCUCAUCUUGCUUUCGCAAAGUCCAUCUUAAUGAAUACUGG